CGCUGGUGGUGAUUCGGCUCAGUCACGCAGCCUCGGGGGCCUCUAUGGAGGCGGAACUACUGUGCCAAGGGUCGUGGUUUCGGGGAGAAGUCGUGGUCGGAGUGACAAGUGGGAGGGCAGUAGGCGGGACUUCCGGCCCGAGCUUCCGUCAGCUGCCUUUCCCGGGCGUCUCCCUGCACCCUCCUCCACUUCCCUUGUCCGUGACGCGGCGCCCUGGAGAAAUCCGACGGGACCCGGGCCGGGGGUGCGUGAGCUGCAGUUAAAAGAAGAUGGAUGCACAGAAUUCAGCCAAAGUCAACACAAGGAAGAGGAGGAAAGAGGCACCUGGACCCAAUGGGGCAGCAGAGGAGGAUGGAAUUCCUUCAAAAACACCACGCUGUGCAGUUGGCUUACGGGAGCCAGCGCCUUUUUCUGAUGAAAUUGAGGUAGAUUUUAGUAAGCCCUAUGUCAGGGUCACUAUGGAAGAAGCCAGCAGAGGAACUUGUGAACGGCCUGUGAGAGUUUAUGCAGAUGGAAUAUUUGACUUAUUUCAUUCUGGUCAUGCCCGGGCUCUGAUGCAAGCAAAGAACCUUUUCCCUAAUACAUACCUCAUUGUGGGAGUUUGCAGUGAUGAGCUCACGCACAACUUCAAAGGCUUCACAGUGAUGAAUGAAAAUGAGCGCUACGAUGCUGUGCAGCACUGCCGCUAUGUGGAUGAGGUGGUGAGGAAUGCCCCCUGGACCCUGACACCAGAGUUUCUCGCAGAACACCGGAUUGACUUUGUAGCCCAUGAUGACAUCCCGUAUUCUUCUGCUGGGAGUGAUGAUGUUUAUAAGCACAUCAAGGAAGCAGGCAUGUUUGCUCCAACGCAAAGGACGGAAGGUAUCUCCACGUCAGACAUCAUCACCCGAAUUGUCCGCGACUAUGAUGUAUACGCCAGACGGAACCUACAGAGGGGCUACACCGCAAAGGAGCUCAAUGUCAGCUUUAUCAAUGAGAAGAAAUACCACUUGCAGGAGCGAGUUGACAAAGUAAAGAAGAAAGUGAAAGAUGUGGAGGAAAAGUCAAAAGAAUUUGUUCAGAAGGUAGAAGAAAAAAGCAUUGACCUCAUUCAGAAGUGGGAAGAGAAAUCCCGAGAAUUCAUUGGAAGUUUCCUGGAAAUGUUUGGUCCAGAAGGAGCACUGAAACAUAUGCUGAAAGAGGGGAAAGGCCGGAUGCUGCAGGCCAUCAGUCCAAAGCAGAGUCCCAGCAGCAGCCCCACUCGUGAACGCUCCCCCUCUCCCUCUUUCCGGUGGCCCUUCUCUGGAAAGACCUCCCCGCCUUCCUCCCCAACAAAUCUCUCCAGGCACAAGGCUGCAGCCUAUGAUAUCAGUGAGGAUGAAGAAGACUAAUUUUUCAUCUCUCCUUUCCUCUCCCCUCCCUCUGUCCCAUCACCUUCAGAAGCUCUGUGUUGAAUUCCAAAUGGUGAUCCCAACACUAAACCUAAGGACAGCUACAAAGGAAAGACAAGUGGGGCAAGAGGACCUAGGAUGGGGGGACCAGACAGCCUAUACUCCAAGAGACGUCACCCACUCACACUAAGAAGGAGGCUGACUACAGCUUAGAAGCCUGUUCUGCAUCCAUGUACCCUCCCCAUGGACUUUGCUUUACUGUUUAUGUUUCAUGUGAUCUUGACAGGGAAAUUGUCAUUUUUAUUAAUUUUUUAAAAAUUAGUCUUUCAAGUGUAGUAAGUAGAACUAAUUUUUUGCCUCCGAGGAGUGGGCAGAAGGAAGUGUUGUGAUACCCAGAGGCCUUUCUUCCUGAGGCACUAUACUGUUUGCCUUCUGUUCUGAGGCAGACUGUCUUGCCAAGUCCUUCAAGCAAUGAGCCAUGCUGAUGGGUGAUUUGGUGGGGGGAAUAUCAUAAUUUUUGUUUCCUUUUAAAAAAACCUCAAAGCUGAGUAAGAAUCACAAAUCCCCUAAGUGUACUUCUGGCACACAUGUCACUGUGGCUGUGGGAAGAAGGAGAUCUGAGCCUAACUUUUCUUACUCCCUAAGGAGUUUCUUGUUGGACCCAAUGGGGUCCAUGAAGAACUGAUGGGGAUGGAACCAGACUACAUGGCAUCAGCUGCAAUUUUUCCUGCUGUGUUCAUCUUCUCAGAAAGCUCUGUUGCCUAGUUAUUUGGGAGCUCUUGUCAAUCUCUUUCCUGCAGUCUGUCUGUAAAGGGAAGAUCACUUCAGGUUUAGUCUGAUUGAGAAGGAGAGUGGGACAAUAUUCAAUGCUAUACAGAGUCAGUUUAGAUUAAUUUUCCUCCUGAGAGUAAGUCCCUGGCCCUGCGGCUCCUAUUUCAAUACUUAUUAUCAAGCUUUUUACAAAGAAUACUUUGUUAACAUCUGCAGUUUGAACAUGAGCUGUUACUCCAUGUUGCCCAUAGUCAUAUUCAGAGAGAUUUGCUCAAAAUGUGUGGCACAAAAGCAGAAGGAAACAUUUCCCUUUUUAAAGCCUUAUCCUGACCUCUUCCCCUCUUAAGAGUGUCAUUGACGGAAACCUGUGCUUCCCCAGGUGUUUCCUUUCCUCUGGAAGUUGCAGCUGGCCGGGCCACUAAGCAGGGGCAUAUUACAGGGGUGUGGUGGCUCCCCUCACUCCCCUUCUGCCUGGUUCCACCUCCCCUGUUAGGUUGCCCAGGGGAUUCACCGCCUAAAUCUCACAUCAGAGACUGCUGAAGCUUGACACUUGCUGUUGAGCACCGGCACCUUUUAGACCCCUAGCAUCCUGCAGUCCAAGACCUAGCAGAUCAUCACCAGUGAUCCUGUAGCUGGGUUCAGGGAAAAAUUGCUUAUGUCCAGGCGCCCCCCUCCAUCACUCAUAAAUACCCCUUGUGGGGGUGGAGUUUUAGUGUUUUCAGCUAAGAAAACCACAUUGUAUCUUUUCUUGCUCCUCUGCUAGGGCUGUGAGCAUCUCACAGUCCCCUCCCUGAACACUUUCUGGUUAAAACCUACUCUUCUGCCUGAGGGUCAGUGGUUGGAAUCACUGCCUGCCUGCACAGCAGAACUACCCAGGCUCUUAAAACUCAGAUCACCCAGAGUGGGAGGGCAUGGCAGAGCGAAGGGACAAAGAGGACCUCUUAUUGUCCUGAUGGCCUAUGAAAACUACAUUUCUAACUCUUCUCAUGAAGUGCUAUUUUUACUGUCAAAUCUGGUUUACUCAAGCUUUGGCUUGGAAUCCUUUUUUUGGAACCGUUGAAAUUAAUGUUUUCCUGCAUUACCCAGCUUCAUAUGAUCACAUAUCUUAACUUUUUGGCUUCCGUCGUCCUUUUUUAGAAAUUUUGGGCCAUUUCUAUCGAUAGAAAAGUGGGGAAAUCACCACUGAAGCCCCCCUACUUGUUUCCUCAAUUACAUGUGUUAUUAUCAAGUGUAUUUGGAAAGGGAGGUGCCCAGAAAUUGGUUUUCCUCCCUGCACUCAGUCCUCUCAUGUGUAUUGCCAAACAUUUGGCCCUCUUCCUCUGGCUGUCAGUGGGCUGCUUUUGGCAUGUCCUACCCCUGGAAUAUGAACUCUAGGCUGACAGGCUCUGUGAGAGUGCUCGUGCCCGCCUGUGCACAUGUGCUCAUCCCUUCUGGUGAACCUGUAUGGCCUCAGUCUGGCAACACUGGCGUAUUCUUCAGAUAAUUUGGACUGAAAGCAAAAAAUUGUAUGGCGUGGCAUGCCAGAUACUUUGGCACAAAUGUGAUCCUAUGUGCUGGACAAGGGCAGGUGAUUGGAGGAAACUGUUGGCAUGACACAUUCUUCAAUCAUUUGUGCCUAAUUAAAUGAGGUUAGAGGUUCACAUUCCACAACCAUGCAUGUGAUCUGUAAAUCUUUAAAUAUUAUUGUUAAUAUUAAAUUCUAACAGUAAUUUUAAUGUGAAUUAGCUAUUUCCCUAAAUCUCACACACAAAGCAGUCAGGCUGAAUAGGCCAAAUGUGGCAGAAAUGGAGAAUCUUAAACGUUGGUUGGCCUCAGAGCCUCUGUCUGUAAGAUAGAGGGAGAGUGGGGACAGAAGCCCUGUAGCUGGUGCUGAGGAGGUGGCAUAUCAGCAGUUACUUUGAGAUGGGCUGGGCAGAAAUUUUACUCUUCUCAUACACCAGACUCACUAGCACCGAAGGAUACAGGUUGAAAUUUUAGAUGAUUAGAAGUGGAUCAUUUGUACCGUUGCAGCUGCUUCUGAUAGCUAGAGCCAAAGAAAACUGUUUUGCUGAGGCUCAGGUAAGAAGGUUGGGGAUAUGAGGAGGCUGAAAAUUCUGAAUGAGAGAAAAAAGUUGAGGGAGGUUAAGAGAACUUUUGACCUUUUCUGAUCACCGAUAACUUUCUAGGCAGCCCACAUUUUUCUUACUUUGACCACACAGGCAGUCUUUGAAUAGUCCCUCUUCAAUGGUUCUUCACAGUGCUUUUUAUUCUCUUUCUUGAUUUGGGCGUAGCUGUUGUUUUUUUCUGGAGCUCAUUGCCUUUUAAAUCCUGUUCCAGACCUCAUAUCUAAAAGCUUUCCAGAUCAACUGUAUUUUGCUGCUUUUGUUUAAUUCCCUAAAAGCCAUAGCUUUCACACUUUCUGUCUGCACAAACUAAAGCCAGAAGUUGAACCAAUACAGGUAGGAAAAAAAGCUCCCUUAACAAUGUUUUUAACUAAUGGUAUUUUUUUUAAGCUUACCAAUAUAAGUAUUUUUAAAGUUCUAUUUUUCAAGGUCAUACAAUGAUUGCUCUUGUUUUCUCUCAUAGAAUAUAGAUUGUCACGGGAUAAAGAGUGGUCCCUAGCUUUUAUUUUUUCAAACAAGUAGAACAUGUUCUUAGGAUAAUACUUUAUUAAAAGUUAAUUUUCUUUAAGAAAGAAGAAAGAUACCUUGUCUGCCAAAGUUUAAUAAUGUUAGUUCUCAGAUUGGGGUAGAAAACAUAAGUACUUGGUUUAACAUUAGAAUGACCCCGGUUGUGUUUUUUAGAUUUUAAGUGGGUUUUCCCGCCCUUCUUUAGGGAGGCACUGACUGUUUUGAACACAGAGUCUUGAUUGGUUGGAUUGUUUUGUGUUGAGGAUCUUGAAAAGAGCGUUGGAAAGAAAUGCUGGCCUUGGCAUGAAUGUGGGCCCUAUCACCAGUGCCAGCGUCCGUAAGGACAUUUUCCUCAGUUGGUGUUCAAUGUAUCGUUUUCCUGUCUGAGUGUUAUUAAAUUGCUCAGUUAUUUUGGCUUUUGUCAUUAGCCAAAUAAAGGCAAAGUGGUUUUACCUAA